AUGGACCAAACAGACUCCUCAUCAAUACAGAAGAGGGGUUCAAAGAAAGGCAUCUAUGGACAUGGAAAGAAUGUUCGCAAGUCAAAGGGUUAUCUGCGUAUCUCGCUUGUGCCAGGAGUACACCCUACAUUGGGUACGAUGGACGACAAGGAGCAUGGCAAGCUGAGAAGGCUUCUCAAUCAGGGACUCUCAGACUCGCAUUUUCGCACGAUUGACUCGGAGAUUAGUCGAUUGGCUUUGCUCUUUGCUUCUAAUCUUGGUAAGACUCAGGACACAUUUGAUUCAAGUCUUAAACCAGGCGAAGGCCAAUGGAGUGCUCCUAAGAAUCUUGCUGAAUGGAGCGACUUUUUCACUUUCGAUGUCAUGUCACAAUUGGUCUUUGGCACCUCAUACCACCUUCUCACCGAUCCUACCAAUCAUUGGAUCAUCGACGGUGUACUCGGACAAAUGCGGCGCAUCAGCUUCCUGACGACGCUCCCAGAAUUGCAAGACAUGCGUUUUCAUCACAUACUAUUCCCGGAAGCUCGUAAGAAAGCUAUUAGCUUUUCUGGGAAGAGUCGAGAAAUCCUGGAAGCAAGACGUGCACGCGACAAGACCGAUACUGAUGGCCUCAAAAACGACCUUUUCUCCAAGCUCUUGACUGCCAAGGACCCCGAAACGGGCGAAAGCUUGUCUCAAGCCCAACUAUGGGCAGAGAGUAAUCUGUUGAUCAUAGCGGGAUCCGAUACCUCGUCCACUGAGUCGCCCGAGAAGUCCGUGAAACAUUCACCUCCAACCAAGACAUAUCGCAAGGACCGAAGCUCUCAUCAUGCACCUAUCUUCGCGCAUGUAUCCCAAGAAGCACUGCGACUCAACCCGGCUGCUAGUGGCGCCAUGUGGAGAGAAGCGCUACCCGGCGGCCUCGACAUUGCCUCCGAGAAUCUCCAUAUUCCAGCAGGCUGUGAAGUCGGCACAGGCAUCUUCUCGCUCAACCACAACAAGGCCUACUUCCCAGAGCCGUUCGUAUAUAAGCCGGAGCGCUGGAUUGCAAGUGAGUCUGGCGAAGACUCGGUAGCAAAGGCCAAAGCUGCGUUUGCUACGUUCUCAGUCGGCCCACGCAACUGCGUCGGCAAGAACUUGGCCAUGAUCGAAAUCAGUCUGGCUGCGGCGGCUGUUAUAAGGCAGUACGAUUUCCGCCAGGCAGAGUCGUCGUUGGGCCAGGUGGGAGACGGCACAGGCACACAGAAGGGAGUGUAUCAAACACUUUGGGCUUUCACAAGUCUGAAACAGGGUCCAUAUAUCCAGUUCAAGCCGGUUCCAUCAAUCGGUGCUUGAUAGUGCCGUAUCUGCAAUGAGUAGCUGUGUCUUGGAUGGGCCUUGCAAUGGAGCUAGUAGAUAGAUGCAGUCAGUUAGCUGUACAGUUGUUAAAUGAGAUGUCAUGAUCACAUUU